CGCAGCCUCCCGAGCCGCAGCCCGGUCCCGCAGCCAGGCCCGCCACGCUGGCGCUGCUCCGGCUCGGAGGCCGACGGCUGAGCGCGGCCAGCAUGGAGGCCAUCUGGCUCUACCAGUUUCGGCUCAUUGUGAUCGGGGACUCCACGGUGGGCAAGUCCUGCCUCAUCCGCCGCUUCACCGAGGGCCGCUUCGCCCAGGUCUCCGACCCCACCGUGGGGGUGGAUUUCUUCUCCCGGCUGGUGGAAAUCGAGCCCGGGAAGCGAAUCAAGCUCCAGAUCUGGGACACCGCGGGCCAGGAAAGGUUCAGGUCCAUCACCAGAGCCUACUACAGGAACUCAGUAGGUGGCCUUCUCUUGUUUGACAUCACCAAUCGCAGGUCCUUCCAGAAUGUCCACGAGUGGUUAGAAGAGACCAAAGUCCACGUCCAGCCCUACCAGAUUGUGUUUGUUUUGGUGGGUCACAAGUGUGACCUGGACACCCAACGGCAGGUGACCCGACACGAGGCAGAGAAAGUGGCUGCUGGGUAUGGUAUGAAGUACAUUGAGACCUCGGCCCGAGACGCCAUUAAUGUGGAGAAAGCCUUCACAGACCUGACUCGAGAAAUCUAUGAGCUGGUCAAAAAGGGGGAAAUUACCAUCCAGGAAGGCUGGGAAGGGGUAAAGAGUGGCUUUGUGCCAAAUGUUGUUCACUCCUCAGAAGAGGUUGUCAAAUCAGAUAGGAGAUGCCUAUGUUAGCCAACCCUAGUAAGCCAGACACAAUUUUUAUUAAUAAAACAUACUGUACUAACCGAACAGAAAUGUAACGGAGAGUUGUAGCAUACUAGUGUGCUCACCGACAGGUGAGAGGAACUUUAGCCGCAGAUGAGAAUGAUGUCACAUUCCCGAUAACCCUCUUUCCAAAUGGGAAAUCCAGACCUUGUCACAAAGGCGCAAUGGUGGGUGUUUGUGUUGAGGCUCUGUGGGAGCUGGAGCAGAGAGGAAACUCCAAACCAAAACCAAACCCCCUCCCACCCCCCCGAAUUGUCAUAUUCCAAAGGAAUCGGAGGUGAAGUAUCUGAGCUCAGGAAUUGCUAGCGCUCCUAUGUUCCGCUUCCUCUCCCCAGCCCUGGUGCUUCAGAGUACCUUUUCCUCCAGCGAGGUGGAGGGCUGCUCGAGUUGCUCCCCGAGGACCCUUCCAAGCCCCCCAAACUGUACAGUUCUAAUAGACCUAAUGCCACGGGAUCCUUUUUCGAGGGGGUGGGGAGGUGGAGGGCAAAGUCCCGCCCCUGGAGUUUUGUUGAUACGGGCAACUCUGGGCACGGAAACGCCCUCCGCCAAUUCAGACGAACGACUUGUUGUGCAACUUUAGUGUCUCAAAGAUAGAUGCUCAGGGCUCUGAGAGGCAAAAUGAUCUGCCCAGAAUUCCACAGCCAGCAUGAGUCAGAGGCAGGUCUGGAACCCAGGUCUUUCUUUAGCCACCAUAUCACAACGCCUCUCAGAAUUGUAGUGGGUCGAGAUUGCUAAUCUAAUAAGCGGAAGAGAAAAAUUCAAAUCCUGUCAUUUCUAAAGCCAUCUGUGAGAGGAACUCUGGCCGUAAACUGGCUCCCACAGAGUUUGUCCUUCCUUCGCUCCAAUCCUACCCUUUUCGAAAAUGAACAGAUCAAGAGUCCUAAACUCUUUGUCUCCAGCCGCUAGUUGUGGGCUUGGAAAAUACGCCUUCAUAUCCAGAGGCCUGAGUCUCCGCUUUCCAUCCGGGCCUUCUUUGUUCCUGUGCAGCAGGGGAGCCUGGGGAGUCGGGGAGAUGCCAAGUAGUAGCUGAGCCCCUCUGCUACUGUAAGAUCAUUCAGAACAUCUCAAGAUGCACCGGGGGAGUGUCCCGGUCCCAAUUUCCUCUUAAGUCAUUCACACCAAUGGGGAAGAUACAACGAGAAGUUUUGUUCCGAAUCGAGCAGAGAUGCAUUAGCGUGUUGAGAACGUGGAAUGGCACUCAUUCGAUUUGGGAACUGGAAGAACAAAGUAGAAGGAAGGACCUUUGGGAACUCCCUAGUGUGGCCACACGUGGGCCUCUUUAUAAGAGCAAGUGCUGAGGGGUGGCAGACUGGCCUUGGGCCACGGAUGGGGCAGACACCAUUGGUCAAAGGGACAUUGAGUCACCAAGUUCCUGAUGCGUGUGCCAGAUGCUGUGCUAGGAAAGAGGGAGAAGGAAAGACUAUUGAAAGGAAAUUUCCCAGGCUAGUGAGGAGGGAAGAAGAAGCCACAUUUUAACAGAUAACAAAAUAGACCCUUAAGAAAGGACACACACAUGUAGCGGCCAGGUCCUUGCCCAGAAAAAAAAAAAAUGGAACGAAUCCAUGAAACCGAAAAUAGGGAGGAGGUUCCCAGUGCACAGACCUGGAGUCCAGAAGUCCCGAGUGACCCUGAACAACUCACAUCACUAACUGUAUCAGUCUCCUCAUCUGGAAAAUGGGGAUAACAGCCCCAACCUCAAAGGGUUGUUGUGAGGGCAUGAGAGCGUAUUUCUAAAGUACUUAGCGCUGCUGUUAACUCCUCCCCUAACCUAAUGAUCAAGGAGGUGGAUUUUUUUUUUUAAUUAGGAAAACUGACAGCACAGGUCAGAGCUCUGGAAAAUACUAUGUUGGUUUCCCCAGUUGGAAUACAAGCUGGAACCCUCCAGUGUUGUCCAGUGUCUGGUGUGUGAGAAAGAAAUAACUGGGUCAGUUGCUUCUGAAACGAGGGCUUGAGAGCUCGGUUCCACCAGCAAUCAACCUAUCUUUCUCCCUCCGUUUGAUAUCUUAACCGGGCGAGAAUUCUGUGUUCAAAAUCAACAGGGAUUCACCGUAACAACGCCAACAUUUGUCAUCUUUGCUGGACGCUGCAGACCUGCCGAGAUGUCCCCUUUUCAGAGCGCUCUGUCCCCUCAUUUGAUUCUCCCAACAACUCUGCGAGGUCAAGCGGGUAGGGGUCUCGUCCCCAUUUACAGGUACAAACUCAGCCCCAGAGAGAAACCAAGCAACUGGUGACUGACCGACGAGAUUUCCGUCCAGGUCCCCAGUUUAUCACAUCACACUGUCCCUCACUGCCCCUAGAUAGAAGGUCUGACGCUCAGGGGUGGACGGGACCUCCGAGCCUCUCCCCCCUGAACGAUUGGGAAGUGGUAGGGAAAUAUCACAACAUUUGCUUCUUCAUAUUCAACAGUGCAUUUCAUUAAAGUACACCCCCAAGGAGUUCAAUUCUUUUUCAAAGAUAAAACAUUUAUCGAAUACUCAAUGAUUACAUUCUUUUUGUUGGUUUGAAAAAAUACACUGAGAUUUAGCUAACCCUAAAUUUUACAAUAACUCAACUUUCCAAGUGAGGCAUUUGAGUGAGUGGCCCCACAGCUUGUGCUCUCCCAUCAAGCUUUGGGACUGCCGACCGUAGGCUUUUGAACCGUUUCUCUAUAAAGAAAGGUUCUUGGCAUUCAACGGCCACAUUUUUACUCCCCAAACCCAAGUUCUAGCUCUCAUUAGUUGCCAUCUAAUCCCGAUUCCCUUUUAUGAGAACUUCCAUCACUGAAUGACUAUGACAAAGGAACUGAGUUCAGCCACUGAAGAUAACAAUUAAUUGAGGAGAGGAAACCUCUAAAGCCCAGCUUGCUAAAAUUCAGUGGACGAUUUUACAAGAGAAUCUGCAUUUGAACUGAAUUAGGAAGUACAUCAGUCAUGUGAAAACUAGUGGCCAGUGAGCUUGGCUUUGAUUCUUAGUAGCACUUUGGAGCAUUAAGCAAAGAGAAUAAUCGUAUGAAGCAAUCUGGAACGGUCAAAAAUUUGUACCAGACAAGCCCUAUUUCCUUGUUUUUGACGUAAGCCUAUGGUGCCGGCCCCAGCUCUGCCACUUGUGUGAUUUUGGACAAGUCACUUAAACUCUCUGGGUCUCAGUUUUUGCAUCUGGAAAGUGAGGAUUCUAUUACAAACUCCUAAGAUCCUCAUUCUAAAUCUUGAUAUAUGAAAAUCUUGAUAUCUAAAUCUUGAUAUCCAUGUUGUGGAUAAAAUGGAGGGAGGUGUCCAAUGGCACAUUCCAUAGCUCCGUGCCUCUUUGUUUUUUAAGCCCGAUUACGUGUGGCCGGGAGGGACAGCUAAUAGCUUGGCUGACAGAACCAAGACCCAAUCUAAGCAGGUUCAAUUUAAUGAGGAUGAAUGAAGACCUACACUUGGGUCAACAAAUCAAUAAUAAGGUUGUCCAGGGUGGGGAGAGGGUAGGGAGAUAGCAAAUGUCCUAGGGGAGAAACUUAAAAAGCCAAAUCACUGCAGAGAUUAGGCAGAAGAUAGGAAGGUUGAGACUGCUGGGCUCCCAGUGGAACAGCAACUUGAUCCUGGAGCUCUGAGUCAGGAUGGAAAGGUGGAAGAUAGAAAGUAGCAGAGUCCUAGUGGCCAUCUUUGAGAUUCAGAGCUUUUCUUCCCUUGGCGGCCGCUCCUGUCACUAAGCUACCUGCCACCCUUUGGACCUCUACCCCCCGUUUGUCCCUCUGGGAGCUGGGCAUCUCCAGGAACCCAAGUGCUCCCUCCCGCCCCCAGUAAAAGAGGGUUUGCGAAGCAUGAGUUCUUCUUGAAGAAGCUGGUCUCCUAAUGUGGUCGACGCUGACCUUCCCAGCCUCCAAGUAGAGCUCACCAUACCUCCUUCUGCCUGGGGUUGGAGGCGGGGGCUGGUAAGAAGGGCCGGUGUCUUUCCAUCAUCUCUUUACCCUAGAUGCAGAAGUAGAAACUCUCUAGAUGAGAGGAACUCCUCUGUACUCUCCCAACACCAAUGGUAUUGGCUGUCUCUUAAGGUACUGAGUUCCUCUUCACUGCAGUCCACAAGUAGAGGCUGGUUAGUCAUAUUUGAGACCAAAAUAACAAGUUUUCUGGUUCUGUGUAAGGAUUGGCCUGAAUGAUGUAUGAAGUCCCUUCCAGCUCUGGGUCUGUGAUGAAAGAGACCAUAGACAUGAGGCGUAAUGGAGAAGUGAGGACAAUGGGGCUCAAAUCAGCUCUUGGGGUGGGGCCGAGGGGGACCACAGCAUCUCUCUCGACUUGUUUUUCUGAGUUCGGUUCCUUUGUAAAAUAGAGGUAGGGGAGUGGGGUGGAGAGAGAGCCAGGCUUGAGCCUUGCCGGCUCUCGAUCUCUGCCACCACGUUACCGCAAUAGACCACCGGCCCUUCUUCUGGUGGAUGAUGGGAGACGAUAAAUAAUCGUGAACCAUUCCACUUCUCGGUUCCAUUUUCCAAGGACCCUAGGCUUCAAGAACCUGGUCCUUUGAAGCAGGGAAGAGAAUAUCAUAAAAGUAUGCUGGUUUCCUUGCCCACCAGCAGGGAACAGCAAACGUUAGUGUUCUCAGACUAUUCCCUGCAUAUUAGGAGAAGAGCACACUCGCCUAAAUUCCAAGGCAUCCCUCAGGGGGCCCCCAAAUCAUAGCCGUGUAACUGGAAAGGACUCAUCCAACCCCCUUCAUUUUACAGAGAAAGAAGCCAGGCCCAGAGAGGUCACCCAGUACGAGGGUCUAGUCCCACAAAGAAUUUUACCUUUGACCUUCCCUACAAACUCAGCUCUAACACUAACUCCCUUUGUGACAUUGGGCAAGUAAGUCCAUUCCUCCUUCUUCUCUCCAAUGAAGGAGUUGGGCAUCUUCAUCUCUGACUUCCCCUUCCCAUUUGUGAGGUCAGCUCCCAAGUCUAUUAUUCGUUCCCCUUCUACAGAUCAGAAAAUCGAAGGCCAGGUGAUGUCCAAGAUCACCCUGCUAGUCAUUUUCCCUUUUUCAUGUUAAGGGAAAGGAGCAUGAGCAAUCCAAAAUCGCAUUCAAUUGAUUCUGAAACUCCCAUGUGAACGUGGACAUGCCAUCCAUUCCCAAACAAUAAAGCCACAGGGGAAGGGCCCGUAGGGGUGGGCCUGUUUUCUCCUCAGUAAAAUGAGAGGCUUGAAGCAAGCGGGCCCCGAGAUCCCUUCUAAGCUUAGAUUUUAUCCUGGGACACAGCUUCGGAGUGGGAAGGUAUGGCUCAGACUGGGCUGGAAUCCUUCAGUCAGCUCCUCGUUCCCAACAAAGGCACACGCAGACAGUGAGUAGAUCCUAGCUUUCCUUGGAGGCCCAGGGUGUGUGUGACAUCCAUCAAGAAGGAAAUCCUCCCCAGGAAGGGUUCUUUCCCCGGUCUCACUCCCACCUCAAGUGGGUCAGGUCACUUGGGGAGAAUUUUCCUAUGCAUCUAGCACAUUAGAAAAUGUGUUCUACUUAUCAUAAAUUGUCUUGUUCUCACUGGACUGCCGAGUCCUUUGGAACAGGGCCAGGGUCAUUUAUCACUUCUAUCCCCAGCACCUAACCUUGGUGCUCAUAGUGCGGACUUAACAAGGUCAACUGAAUUGUAUUUUAGAUUUUCCCUAGCUUGAGAGAAUGAAUCGUUUUGGUUGAAGAAUCCAGUCACAAGAUUUCAUUGACCAACUGGGCCAACCUGAGACUUUGUCAUCUACUCAAAUUUGAAAGUAAGAUUAUCUAGAGGAUAAUCGCGUUUGACUAGAUGGGACCAGUUCUGAAAUGGGGCAGAGGCAAAAUUUCUCUAAAGUCUUGCUAGAGAAAUCCAUUCCGUGUACACUUUCCCAUCGAGUUCUGACUCAAGGAUUCAGAACAUUUCAGAUCCAACAGGUAUAACUGUAAAUUUUAUUUGCUAACUAGAGAGAAACUUUUGCUGUUCAACAAAGCACACUUUUCGGUGAUUUGAUAACUGGACACUUAAGACGAGAAUGAAUUGCUGUUAAAGGACUUUUAAGGACUUAGCUUUAUGAACCGACUCACUAGAUAUGUCAGGAUGAACACAAGAAAAAGCAGAAACUAACUUUUGUGGUACCCACGGAUCACGUUCAAAACUGCAUGUUGGAGCACAGAUCCCUGGUCUGAAUUUCAAAAACUCCCAAAUAAAACAUGACUAUAUACUUUCCCUUGCCUUCUAUUAUGCACUGUAGUGAAACGUGAAAAAAAAAAUGCUGUAUUUUGUUGUCUGUGAAUCCAAACAUGCCUGUAUUUAUUAAACUGGUUGAUAAUGUGAUUGUGAGAUUCCACAUGUAAAAACCAAACAAAUCCAGCAACAAAAAAACCCUGUUUCUUUUCCCCUGCUCAUAGUUCUGUGUUAAUGGAUGUUCAGCACCAUGCCUAAAAAUUCAAUAUAAAGAAGACCAAUAAAAAAAAAACAAUGUGCAUUGUUUAUAACAUAA